AUGAGAUGUACUAAACAAAGCCUCGUUAUGAUAUUUCAAAAUUCAAGAUGUCAGCGCCCAUGAAAAUGUCAAAGUUUUUCAGAAAAAGCUCGAAUUUGGCAAAAAUGUGCCUUACACAUUGUAAUGAACAAACUUUGUUAUCACGAAAAAAUUCUACACUAAGUUUAGGAUGCACGCAAAGGGAUGGAUUAAAACCAAAAGGCUGUCAGAUGCAGCUACAGAGAACAUGCUACAAGGCACGAAUGGUUGAUAUGGAGAAAUCUCAAGUGUUUUAUUUUGAUACACACACUCUGGUCACCUCACUUACAGAUGCAGGAUUCACAGUUGACCAGGCAGAGGGGCUUACUGCUGCCCUAGUUGGGAUUAUGAACAAUUCUGUAGAAAACCAAAACAAAACUCUUGUCACCAAAGCCAACCAAGAGAUAGUAAUCCAACAGGUGAUGUCUCACAUAGCUGCAGUAAAGAAAGACAUGGUCAUCUUAGAAAAGAGUGAAUUUACAAAUCUGAAAAAUGAAAAUGAGAAGCAGAAAACUGAAAUAGAGCACCUGAAAAGAACUGUAACAGACCAGCUAGACAAACUAAAAGGUGGCAUAACAUUAGACAUUAACCUGGAGAGAAGCAGGGCCAAGGAAGAUCAUGCAUGGACAGAGAAAGAACUCUCAAUAUUGAACAAUAAAAUCUCAACAGAAACUGCCAACCUCAGGACCAUAUAUGAACAGUAUAGAAAUGAUGUAUUCAAAUAUGCUGGAGGAACAAUUAUAUCUUGCUUGACAAUCAGUUUGGGAUUCUACAGACUUUGGUCUUAGCACAUAUAUUACAUACAGAGUAGAUAAAUAAUUUUGUCGCUUUUUAAAAUUUUUUCAUUACCAUUCGAUUUGUUUACUAUUGAAUGGUUAAGUCAUCUUUGAACCAUCUGACAAGAUGUUAAUUUUUAAAAACUCGAUAAAAUUAUCUAACCUGUAUGGGUAAAAGGAUAACAAAGGCACUCAGAGUAAAGACAAGACAAGACUAUCUUCACAAUGGAAAUCAGCAAUAUAGGAACAAUAUUUAUCAACUCUGCUGCAUAAUACAGAAUCUAUUAGUAAACAUAUACAUUUAAAGAUCAUAUUGGAUAUAUUGGGAAGUGCAAUUUUAUAUGGCUUAGAAGAAGCCUUAUUUAACUUCAAUAAUCAUUUUUUUAAAUAUUGUUAAAAGAUAUGCCAAUCAUACAUUUCCUUUAGGGACAGCUCUACUUUUUAUGCACACAUAUUACAAGGUAUUCAUUAAUUCUUGCAGAGAUGCUCCAAUUUUUCUUAACAUUAAGAAGUAGCUUUGAUUUUUCUUUUAUGAACACCCUUUAUACACUAUACAUAUAUCUUAUUGCUGGACAAUCUUGAUAUUUGUACCAACUGUGAGAAACUGGUGCUUAGUGAGAACAUUGUUUAUUAUAGGAUAUUAUGUAGAGAUCCAAUGUGCAUUUAUUUUGUAUUGGUUAUCACACAUUUAUAUUGUGAAGAAUAAGAAACACAUUUUUAGAUAUUUAUAGUGUUAAAUUUAUGAAAUAAAUAUUUG